UCUUUGCUGUUUCUUUGGCUUGUACCCAAACCCAUCUUUGACUUCAAAAAUAUAACAAAAAUAAUCAUAAUUGAUAUCAUCGGAUAAUGCAUAGUGGGAAGAGACCUCUUUCACCAGAAUCAAUGGCCGGAAAAAAAGAAGAGAAAAAAGAGUUGUGUUGUUGCUCAACUUUGUCGGAAUCUGAUGUGUCUGCUUUUGUCUCUGAACUCACUGAACAGCCCACCCCACCAUCCAUGGAUGAUGAAUCUAUGCCGCUUACUCUUCAAGAACAAAGUAACUCGAGGCAACGAAACUACAGAGGCGUGAGGCAAAGACCGUGGGGAAAAUGGGCGGCCGAGAUUCGUGACCCGAACAAGGCAGCUCGUGUGUGGCUUGGGACGUUCGACACUGCCGAAGAAGCCGCCUUAGCGUAUGAUAAAGCUGCAUUUGAGUUUAGAGGUCAUAAGGCCAAGCUUAACUUCCCGGAGCACAUUCGUGUCAACCCUACUCAACUCUAUCCAUCAACUGCUACUUCCCAUGAUCGCCUUAUCGUGACACCACCUAGACCACCUCCAACAAUUGCUCCUGACAUACUUCUUGAUCAAUAUGGCCUCUUUCAAUCUCGAAAUAGUGAUUCAGGUGCCAACUUAUCCAUGAAUAUGUCGUCUUCUUCGUCGUCGUCAUUUUUGAAUCAUCAAGAACAUAGACCAAAUUUGGAGGAUGAUGAAAACGUGAAGAACAUUACUAUCCACAAACGAAGAAAGUAGCAUAAUCGCAUAAAAUGCCUCUCCGUCCAAGUUAUCAAAUGCAUUGACCGUUGAUGUAGUCCGGCUUUGAUCCUCUUGGGCGCUUAAUCUCUUUAAGACUUCAUUUUGGUAGUCUUUAAAGAGUCUUUGGAGUGGCAUUAGCUAGGAAUCAGGCCUUAUGGGAUGAAAAAAAUAAGAUUUUGGGACAUGAAUAUGCAAGAAUGGGGAUGAAGAAGACUUUGAAGAAAAAGAAAGAUGUCUUGGACAACGUCCUCAUAUGUCAAGACGACCAACCUGAUCGACCGAUCAAAUGAGAUAAGAGUGUUGGCCAGUCGGAUCAGGUUGGGUCGAGUAUAUCAGGUAGAUAAGAGUGUGUGCUUUAUGUCUUUCCACUCAGAAGUAUAGCUUGCUAGUUAUCUCCUUUUGUAUCACGUAUGAAAGAGAUUAAAAAAAAUCAAAAAUAUAGAGAGUAUACACAUGAUCAGUGUGUCCGAGUUAACAAAACAUAAGCAAUUUUUUUUUUAAAUAUGUAUGCACAUAUAUGUUUUAACACGUUGAACAAUGAAAUUGCUGGUAAAUAAGAAGAAAUUAGGUAACAA